AAAAGAGCGAUUCAACACCAAUCACUUCAUACCAUAUAGCAAGCACACUCAACAGUCUCAUGGCUACUAAAUUCAUCAUCCUCGCUCAAGUCCACCGCUCCAAAAUCUCAAUUUCGACCCGGAAACCUCGUAAACGCAACGAAAACAAGCCCCGGCCAUCAAAAUCCAUAAGCGAAAACAUGUUCAACAAUGCUUUUCCUGGAAAAACGCGUACGGAAAUCUAUUAUAAUGACCUUAAAAAAUCAGACCCUCUAGCUAAUGCACUAUUGUUUAUGGAAGACCAGCCAGUUAAAGAAGAGGAGACGAGCCAACAAGAACACGGGGAGCUGUACAACCUCAACCGCAAAGACGGUAAGUCGGUAAUUGCAACAGAAAACGGAGAUUUGAGACGUGAAGUUGCUCAAAUAAGCUUGUUUUGGUACAUGAAAUGUUCCAUAAGCUAUAUAUUAAGGAAGGCACGAGCGUUUUACAAUGAGUUUUCUUGUGAUGCUUGUGUUGGGAGUAGCACUAUGGUUGUGGUCGAUCCAUAUUUUUCUGUUCCGGUUUUACCUUACAAUAAUUAAUUAAUAUCUUAAAGUGUACGUGAUAGAAAAGGUUGUAUUUAGUUAGUAACUUCGUUGUGUUGAAAGUCUUCAUAUGUAUAAUGAAAAACAUCAAUGUAUGUAACUAAUGUUGUAUUUAUA